AUGGCACCGCUAUUUCUCGGAGGCCGUACCAACCCGCUUGCCGACUUCCUCCGAGUUCCUCUAUCAACGUACUACCUGUGUCAUCACUGGGUCGGGAGGAUCGCCAUUUUGGAAGGCCUGAUACAUGCAGCAUUCAGCUUGAGGAGAUCCCGAUCGGACCAUGUUACCAUCUCCGGAUACAUUGCCGUUGGGGGACUCUUGAUGCUCCUGGUCACCUCACCCUUUUUCAUGCGCCGCUUCUUCCGAACCCGUUUCAGCGUCCAGCACGGUCUUCUGUCUUUGAUCUCGCUGGCAGCUAUCUUCUGGCACGUGCUCUCGCAGCCGAACCUGGUCCCUAAGAUCUGCGUACUCAUUGCUAGUGCGCUAUGGGGUUUAACAACCUUGUACCGGUUUCUGAGGACGUUCUGCUAUCUACCAGCGGCCAAGGUAGAAUGGUGUGAGGUGUCCGAAACAACAAACCGCAUCUGCGAUAAAAGCUCCCCCUUCUUGCGUCUGAAGAAGGGUCAGAAAUUCCUCCUCGAUGGUCCGUACGGUCAAGACCUUGGCCUUCGGCAUUACGAGACAGUCAUCAUGGCCGCCCAGGGGAUUGGGAUUGCCGGCGUCCUCGCGUCUGCUCUGGAUCUAGCAGAACGCCAGCAGCAUGACUGGGCGAUCAAGGCCAGCAAAUCGAGGGCUUACCGAGCAGAUCUCUUCCGAGACCGGACGAGGAAGGUGGCCAUUGUCUGGAGCCUCGAUGAAAACAUACAAGAAGAAUGGGUAACUAUGGAACUGAACGCUUUAAAGAGACUGGACGAAAAGAAUGCUUUCCUUGUCGUCUGGUGUAUUUACCCGUCGUCUUGGGACAAACCACCACCGUUCGAAACUUCACAGUUCUGGAAAUGUGUCUACCCAAAAGAUGGGCCGGCACAGCAAGAACGCUACCUGAAAUCAUUGAUCUCUCAAGACAUUGAAUCCCCCGGGAGGAGCAUAGUCGUGGCAUGCGGAGAUCCAGACUUCACGACGCAGGUCCGCGAAACUGUCCUCUCACAGACCAAACCGCACCGGCCUGUCAACUUUGCCGAGUUGGAAUUCCGGCCGCCUAGAACUACGUCAAGCUCGGCAAUGCCGAUCGCGGAGUCGUCCGGGGAGAAGGCAUAA